CCCGCGCCCGUCUCUCCGAAGCCGCCCGCGUCUCCACCCGAGACCCCGACCCACCCCCGCCGCCGCGCUCGCCCUCCCCCGCGACAGCCGCCAUGCGCCCUAUCUCUGCCGUGCUUGCGCCUCCUCCCCCGCCCGCCCGAGACCCGCCAAGCUCCCUCUACGCACCUGCCUCCUCCUCGGCCCGGAUCCCGCCGCCAGCGCCUGUUAUGGAGAUGAAGGCGUCGGCCUCCGAUGAAACCCUAGCCGCCGUCUUGGACCACCUCAAGCCCCACACCGUCGGCACCUUCCUCCCCCCUCGUGCGUGGGACGACGACGAGCGAAAGCCUCCGGCCACAUCUUGAGCGACGGCAGCUCCCCCUUUUCGCUGCGCCGUCCAGCUCCCCCUCCCCUCGCGCACAUGUCCCCACCACGCUCGAAUCCUUCAGCUCACGCGACCGCGACUGCGACCCCUUCACCUCCCUCUGCAACAUCUAGGGUUCGGGUUUGGGUAUUGGAUUGAGCGGGUUCAGGUAGCUGCGGGAGAGGCGGACGUGCGGCGCGUCCCCCUGCGGCGUGCCGAAGAUCUUGACAACUCGCAUGGCCAUCUAGGGUUGGGGUUGAGCGGGUUCGAGUAGUUGCUGGAGAGGUGGUCGGGCGACGCGUCCCUCUGCAACAUGCCGAAGGUCUUGACGGUGAGCAUGGCCAUCUCGUCGAGCUGGUCCUGCAGCUACGUGAUGAUGUCAAUGGAUUCAACCCACAUAGCAUGGGCCAGGCCAGAUCUAAAAAAUUUGUGUGUUGCCCCCGAGAGCCCAACGACGAUGGUGUUGUCGUCGUUAAGUGAGGCUAGCACUAGCACUGCUGCUUUGCACUAUGAGGUUGUCGAUUUUAUCAAGCCAGCUUUGGGGAAGCUUGAAGGAUAAAAUCAUUGUUGGUUCAACAUCAUGAAUGACACUUGGAGGAACUUCCGAACUUGAACCAUGAAGGAAUAUAUCUUAUUUUAUAUCAAUCUUGUGGCACAUAAACAAUGGCGACAAACAUCCAAUUGCUUUCGAGAGCUUGAAACAUCUCCAAUAGAGGUUUGCUCAAUUUCCCAAGUUUGUUUGGGAAAGGGAGGCUCAUGGAGCUAUACAGUGUACUCGGGGCCUUCUUUCAUCUUAACGCUAUUCGAGAUCGUGAGUUUGCCAGCAAGCCUUAUGUGGGGAGCAAGAGGUGGAAGUGUCCAGCGCUAUAUCUGCUCCGGCGUCGAGUUGCUGCUGUGCGUGACCUGCAAGUGCGGCAUCCACAAGGAGUUUAGCUUCAACCACCGUGUCAGAUCAAGUAGCUCAUGUCCAUCCUCAUCUUUGGGUUUCAGGUUUGGCCUUACAAUUCACUGUACAAGGUUAACCGCACCGAAUUUUGAAUCAUACGAUUAUGUAGGUCGCCUCUCCUUCCCUCCUUUUUGUUUUGUUCUUCAUUUUAAUGUUAUAUAUGUUCACUAAAUAUUCUUCAAUGUUUGGUAUCAUUUUGUGACUUCAUUUAGAAGAGGAACCAAUAUUUGUCAUACAAAUGUGUUUUGUGUUUCUAAAUGGGAGUAUCUUUGAAAAAAAUCAAGGAAUUAUUAGGGAUGGAUUGCACCCUUGAAAUGAUUAUCAAUUGAAAUAUGUUAACUUAGCUUUA